UAUCGCGGCACCAACAACCUCCACGCCUUCUCUAUUUAUGAUAACACGUUAACCCCGUUUGGAAUACGGCGUUACAGAUGUGACCCACUCAGGAACCGCCCGCAACUUUUUUGGUCUUGCAUUCUGAGAAGAAGAAAAAAAAAACUCACUCCCUACCUUUCACAAGUACUAGUACAGUACGAUCCACCGACCGCAUUGACCCCAACAAAGUUGCAAAAAAAGCCAUUGAAACCGAGCACUGCACGAGUACCGGUACCGGUACUUGUUACAGGCAACAAGUACCCGAACAUUUGGACUUUUUUGAAUUUUGUAUGAGCGCACGGAUGUGCUCAGACUGUGACCCAUACAAAACCCCCCUGCUCUAUCCCUGCUCGGUCUCCGAAUAAUCCCUGAAUUAUCCCUGUUUUCCUACGAAAUGUUCGGGUACUUCUUGCCUGUAGCUAGUACCGGUACUGGUAUCGAACUGUACUCAGGUACGGUACCUAAUGCAGUACCAUAUAGAUGCACAGAAAAGCACUCGCACAAAUAGUCCAUGCAAACAAAACUUUCAAGCUCCCUUUACCAGUAUGGAUCGGUACUCGAGUACCCUACCGGUAGUGCGCCCAAUCCACCCACCAGUCAUCUCAGAGGGUGCAUAUUGUGGUGCGACCGAAGCUACUUACACAUGAUAAACCGCUUUACCGGUUAAGCCAGACCUCGGAUUCGAGAAAAAGUAUAGAAUACCGGUACUCGAGUACGGCACGAGCACUAUCACACACCCUCAGUACGAACCCGGACCUCGCAGCUCGCACGGGCUAAGACAAAUCCGCCCUUGAAAACACUAUUUUUUUUGUUUUCAGUGCAGUGCCCGUACGGUGCAUACCGGCAUCGUACGAAGGUUCCUCUGAUCGGGCAUCAUAAUAUUAAUAUCUUUAACUCUGUGGAGUGAUUAUAACAUCAUCCUCAACCAUUGAGCAAACCAUUGAGCAAAACGGCGGGAAUAAGAGAAACUCUUGGAACAGCUCGUUGCACUUUUUACAUAUUAUUCACUCUUCACUUUGCCAUUCUCCACGUUAUUAUUAGCUCAUUUCGAUACCGCGAAGUCAAGGGACUGCUCAUGGCAGCGGAUUGGAGUCACGACUCUUUUGGUGCGUCACCACCACCACCAAAAAGAAAAAAGAUACUCCAAUCCAGUGACACGAGUACCGUACUGGGGGGGUUUUUUUUAAGUGCUCGGAAUGGGGGAAAGUAAGUGAUCCUACUAUGGUAUACCAGCAUUCAAUGCCACAAAAGGUACCUACAGUCUCACCUCGCUAUAAUGGAUCUCGUUAUAAGGGAAGCCUCGCUAUUACGAACGGAUGCUCUGUGGAUCUACCCCCCUGCUCCCAUACAAACAGCUCCCGUUAUAAGGGAUUCCGUUCAAAACCUCGCUAUAGCGAACGAAAAACCUGAAUUCUUGGCAUUCGUUACAGCGAGGUGCGACUGUAAUUUUGUGGAAAUAGCCAUAACCCACUACUUCGGUCGAGCAAGUCACAUCCCACUUAGACUACCUUGAAAGUCGUUGAGCUGUAUCGGUGGGCCCAGUUUUGCGCCGAUGGGACAGCAUGCAAUGAUUCUGUGCUACUCAAGUAGUACUGUACUGGUAAAUUGCGAAUUCCACCGAAAAAAAGAAGAAAGGAAAAGGAAAAGGGGAUCAAAAUAAUUAAGCCCGGUUGAACAGUGUUGCUCGAGUACCGUACGAGUACUACCGGUAGUACAGUACAAAUAAUGAACCUCGCUUAAAAAAGCAAGCAUCACUGCAUCAGCUUACCUCGAUUGAGUCUUUUAUGGAUCAAAAAGCCAUACGGUACGAGUACAGUACGGUACGAGUACGGUACCCAAAAGACCAGCCUUCCACUCCUGCAUCAUUGCUUUUUUCUUUCCCUCUUUUUUUAACCAGGCCCCUCUCCCAUUGGCGGAGGGAGAUGAAUGGGAUGCGCCCAUCGUCCAAGAUUCCAAGCCACGUUUCUCCUCCUUCCCCAAGAGUCUGGCUUCAGAAAGCUCUAGCGCAAGGCACGGUUGCUGUACUCGAGUACUGUAUCUCCUUAUCCGCCCUGCGCCCACUUGCUUUCAUACCCUAUAUUACCCUUGCAGUAUGAUAGACUACCGGUAUUGCACUUGCACUUCAACGAUUCGACAACGGAGAUACUUUUAGGCGGCCGGCGGCUGCAGCAUUCGAGGGGCGGUUUUUUUCUUCCAGGGGGCAGGCAUUGCAACUCUACCAGGAAUUUAUUCGUACUUAUACUCGAGUGGUGGACUAUUAUAAGCUAUCCAGUGGCGAUCACUCUUCGCUCCUACUUGCAGAUUCUCAAUUUCAACAUCCGCACACACACGUUGACACACACACACCAACAUUGAAAAACAAAGAGUUAUAAUUUCACUUGAACUUCAAGCCUCACGAAAAGACGCAAGAGCCCCCCCCCCCCGACCUAGCGAGGAAGAGAAGGGGGGGGUAAAAGGAAAGAAAAAAAUUCUGGCGAGCGGCGGAAGUGGGGGGUAUCAUAGGCAUACAUCUGUCAUUUCGACCUGUCACUUAUGAUACUGACACAGUUUGCUGUUGCCUUUUCUGUACCGUACUCGUAUGCUAGUAUCUCCCUUUUUCUUGCCUUCGUUUUUCCUUCCCUCCCCCUCUUCCGUGUUCGGCAAGACACUGUGCCUGGUGAAACGGGAUGACAGAGUAUAUGCAUGUACCAUAUCGUCUCGUAAGAAGGGGAGGGAGCGGCCGGCAUCGACAGAAGCUUUUGGUGCUCAGAUUGGGAACCAUAUCAAGGCUUGAUGGAUGUGUGUGGGUAUAUAUGUCGAUGGCGGUUUGCCAUGUCGAGAUAUGCAAUCCCAUGGUUUCUUCUUGCUUUAUGUCUUUGGCAAAAGGGGAGAAGCGUGGCGAACAUGACACCUGUAUGGCACUCAGUACUGGUCAAUCUGUAACAUUGUCCCGUGAUAACUUUAUUUCAUCCCUAUUUUCUUUUCUUU